AUAAAGAAAGCGGAAUAUGCUAAAGAAGAUCAAAGAAUGUUACAUAUUUUAAACGACGACCUGGUAGCUGCUGAUAUGGAGGGGUAUGAUGGUUCUACACAUGAAUUUUACAAAGCAACAAGUAUGGAUGAAAUGCGCAAGUGUCGUUCAACAAGACACUGUCAUUACUUGUGACCUUGCCGUGUACAUGAAAGCCAAGCAAAUUCAGUGGAAAGCUAUUAGAGAGUUUGAAGGCACAAUAAUUAGGAUGGUGGGAUUUCACAUUGCAUUGAACUUCUUGUCUGUUAUUGCCAAGAUGUAUGCCGAGUCAGGUCUGGAAGAUUUACUAGUAGAGUCUGGAGUAUAUGCUGCAGGGUCCACGACUGCCUUGUUAGCUGGAAAGCAAUACAACAUAAAUUGGUUGAAGAGGCACUCUUUCGUCUCCUGGAAGGCAUUUGAAAAAUGGAUACAGGAAAGACCGAAUGAUGAACAGCCGCGAAUUUCAAUGGAAAAGGUUUACAGCGUAAUAAACGACUGUCACAAAGCCAAGAAAGGUCCUUAUAAUGAGCUUGUCGUAAACAAUGAGAGAUUACAGUCUGAGAUCAAGGACGCCAUUUCCUUAUUUAACACUUUCAAGCAAGAAUCCAGAAAAAAGUCAAGCCUGUUUGCGUUUUGGGAUGAUUAUGGUGUUGUUGUGAACAUUCUUCUCCAGUUUAUUAAGGCAGAGAGAACUGGUAACUUUAUCUAUAAUUGGGUAGACGGUCUUGCUUAUUUUGCUAUAUAUUGUAGGUAACCAUGCUAUAAACCGAUCUGACAA